UCAAUCUUCCCAUUCAAUACAAAAUACAGCAAGCAAAAAGCACUUCUCUCCUAAUUAUUCUAUAAAAACAUAAUCCCAAACAACACAACUUCUCUCCAUCAAAAAAAUAAAUAAUCUCCUCUGUCUCCUUAUAAAAUAGUUUCUUUAUAUUUAUUUUCCUUGUUCAUACUCUUACAAUGGAAUAUCACAAAGAGAAGAAGAAUGGACCAUGGCUAUCUGUGCCACAAUUUGGACAUUGGGAUCAAAAGGGUGUCUACCCUGACUACUCAAUGGAUUUUUCUAAAAUAAGAGAAAAUAGGAAACAAAACAAAAAGGACUUAUCAAGAGCCAGUUUUGGAAAUGAGAAUGACCUCAUUUUCUCUACCAAAAGUGAUGCAAAUGAGAAUGAUCAUCAUUACCAUCAAAACCAAUCUACAACUAGGAUGAGAAGGAUCUUUAGAUAUUUCAAUUGCUGUGGAAAAGCUUGAAGUUCAUGGAAUUGAUUUUUCAUCCAAUUUCCUUGUAAUGAAAAUAUAGUAAUUUGUGAUUUCUACCUAAGUUUUGAGUGACUUUUAUAAGAAAUAGGAAAAUGUUAUAAAUUUUGGAAAUUGUGGUGAUUGUUUCUUAACA